AGAUGCCAUGCUGGCGCCUUUCAGUGCUUCUACUUAUGCUCUGCAGCUUCUCGCAGACUGCUGUCGCGGCCCGGCGUCUAAACCGUUUCGUGCGCCACUUCGAGCCCCUGUCGUACGAGCCACGAACGGUGCACCGCGGCCACGUACGCGUCCGGCGAUCACUUGGCGGAAGCCAACCGCAGCAGCAGCAGCAGCAGCAGCAGAACCGCCACGUCUACGUCCGCUUCCAGGGCUUUAAUAGGCAAGGCUCCAAGUGUUCUUUUACUGCACAGAAUUGGAACAUACAUAGCGUUAUUCUCGUGGUUCAUCUCGAUCAAUUCAAGUUGUUCCACCUGAAGUUGAGACCGGACACGACCGUAUUCGACAAGGACCUCGUCGUUGAAACUACAAAGUUCGGCAUAGUGAAACCGAACAUCGAUCACAUCUACAGCGGUCAAGUCGUCGGCGACCCCUCCAGUCGGGUAUACGGUGGCCUGCACAACGGCGUCUUCGAGGGCUCUAUCCAGUCCCGCUGGGGUCGCUUCUACGUCGAAGGGGCGCACAAGUUCUUCGCUCGACGGACGCCUUUCCAUUCGGUGAUGUACGCCGCCGAAGAUGCCGGUAUCCCCCACAAGGGCUGGUGUGGCGUCAACAGCGAGACUACGCGAUGGAUGCAGCAGCUGGCCGUAGCCUCAGAACGGGCGCGGAAACCCGAAUCCAAGUCGCAUUCUUCGAGGGCAAAACGCCACGGCAGCGACCACCUAGAGCACUGGAUCGGCCGGCGUCCCCUGGAGCAACAAGAGCAGCCCGAGGACUUCUACUACGACGUAGACGUAGACGGAAAGCAAGCGGGGAAAGAUGGCACCGACCGGAGGCGCGCGAAGGGCGCCAGCCGGCCUCGGCGAACGUACCGCGUCUGCGGGCUGUACGUCCAGAUCGACCACCUGCUGUACCGCCAUUUCGCCCAGAUCGACAACGACGCUGUGCGCACGCGCGAGCGCCUUUCGACCCUCAUCGCGGGUCACACGGCCCGAGCGUCCGACAUCUAUCGGCACACGGACUUCUACGGCGUCGAGGACGUCAGGUUCAGCGUGCACAAGAUCAAGAUCAACGAUACUUCCAAUUGCCCCAGCAAAAAGAACCCAUUCUGUCUGGACAAAAUGGACCCAACCUUGUUCCUGCUGACGACGGCCAAGUCCGCCAACUUCGACGAGUACUGCCUCGCGUACACGUGGACCUACCGCGACUUCGAAUCUGGCGUUCUCGGCCUCGCCUACGUGGGGAACUCGACGAAGGAGAGCGGGCCACUCUGCGGCAACGGCAUUGUCGAGGCUGCGGAGCAAUGCGACUGCGGCUACACCGAAGCCGAUUGCCUCGAGCCGUGCUGCUACGCACGCCGCAACAGUGUCAAUGCUCCGGGAUGCACGCUCAAGCCCGGCAAACAGUGCAGCCCUACGGCCGGGCCCUGUUGCGACAAGGAUUGCAAGCUGAUGCCGACGACAACCGUGUGCUCGCCCGAGACGGAGUGCCGCGAGAAGGCCUUGUGCACAAGCAACAACGCCAGCUGUCCGGUUGGGAAGCCCAAGGGCAACAACACCGUCUGCCACAAGGGUUCCCAAGUGUGCAUCAGCGGCGAGUGCGCCGGCUCCGUCUGUCUCAAGUACGGCUUGAAGGGCUGCACCCUCGUCGGAUCGCAAUACAACCUCGACCAGAAGUGCUUGGUGGCGUGCAAGGGAGAAGACGGAAAGUGCAGGGAGGCGUGCGAGCACCCCAAAAUGAAGGCGUACUGCGGCGUCAAGAUGGUGCCGGGAGCCGUCUGCGACGGCACCCGCGGUUAUUGCGACGUCUUCCAGAAGUGUCGCCGCUCCGACGAGCAGGGACCGCUGACGAGACUGGAGCAGGCGCUCUUCGGUGGCAAGACCUACAAUACCGUCACGGGCUACAUCGCUGCGCACCCAUUCCUGUCGGUGGUGUACUUCCUGAUAUUCGUGGCAUUCAUGGUGCUGUUCUUCCGGUGCUUCUCGGUUCACACGCCGAGCAACAACCCGCACAAGCCGAGCAGAAAGUUCAGGGAGACUCUGCGGAACCCAAAGAGUUUCUUUAUGAAACCAUGAAGUUGCACGGCGUGGCUGCCGGGUGCCGUCCCACGUCCAUGGACGACUGCCGCACAAAUCGCAGACCGGAUGAGGCACCCUAGCGCAAUUCUGUGGCGCGUCGGCUUUGAUCUCGGCUGUGACGCGCCAUAUAGUAAUUCCGCUUGAAAAAAAAACGAUGAUUCAUUUUAUUUCAUCCUCAAAUGCACGUCUGAGGAGCAUUAACUUGAGGGGUGUCAUAGUUUAUUGAAGAUAUCUCUUGGUGAACACACUCGCGUCUAACUUAGACGUUGCUUAAUAUUUUUUGUGUACGUUACUAUCGAAGCAAACUCUAGUCACCGCAGUUCUCUUAUAGGCUGAUCUUGGGUAAUAUGUUUUGGGGAGCCUUGCGCAGUUGCGCAAAGUACCGUGUUUCGUCGGCUAGAACCUAAAGACACCAUAGAUGCUAGUUUGUAGAUUUUUGAUGCUGAUCGGUUUACGCGCAGACAUAUAAUGCACACAGUUUUAAAAACCUCAUUGUACCCUGCUAAACACGUCGUUCUAAGGCCCUAAAGUGUCGCUGUGCUUUCAGGGCACCACUCGCACGACCAGUUAUGCGUGCAUGCGCGACGGGCGCUGCUUCCUCAAAUUUUUGUUUUUACGAGUCUUAUCUUACUAUUUAUUGUUUCGGUCCUAUUAUGUGCUUGAACCGUUUGUAUAAUAAACUCUUCUGUCAU